AUGAAGGACCGACGCGGCGGCGCUGGAUUCCCCUUCUCCAUCGGCUGCAUGUCGCAGUCCGCCGUGGCCGUCGCCGAUCCGCUCGGUAAGAAGCCACCAGCACCGGCGCCGCAGCCGCAGGCCGACAACCCUUCUUCCUCCACCACGACGACGGCCACCGCACAGGCAAGCAGAACAUCCAUUUCAGAGAGAGGCGCCGGAGAAGAAAGCAGCGAGGACAAGGCGAGAACCGCGGCGGCGGCGGCGGCAGGGACCGUCACGGCCGGGGUGCAGCGGCUGCUCAGGGGAAUCAAGACCUUCUUCGCGGCGUACGACGUCGAUGAAGAGGAGGACGACGAGGAGCAGGAGAUCGUGAUCGGGUACCCCACCGACGUGCAGCACGUCGGGCACAUCGGCUGGGACGGCAUCAACAAGGUGGGCGGCAUGGGCGUGGGCGUGGGCAUGGCCGGCGCCUUCUCCCUGCCAUCCUCCCUCUCCCUCCGCCAGCUCGAGACCGCCAUGGACCCCGGCGCCGCAACCACCACCUGCAUCAACUGA